UGGCGUUACAACGGUAUGACGACGUAUCUCUACUCGUGGCAAGUCUGUCAUAGGUGGUGUACGAUGAAGUUUGUAAAUAGGUUAUUCUGCUUGCUUUUUGCGUUCGCCAGCGUAAAUGCCGGCGGCCCGACUCUCGUUUUGCUCGACAAUCUUGCGAUUAGAGAGACACACUCGAUAUUCUUCAAAACACUACAGGAUAGUGGCUAUGUAUUAACUUUCAAGUCAGCUGAUGACGCAAAUCUGCAACUUUCCAAAUAUGGUGAAUUCUUAUAUGAGCAUUUGAUAAUAUUUGCACCUACCGUAGAAGAAUUUGGUGGUGCUUUGAAUGUGGAGACAAUAACAGAUUUCAUAGACGGUGGUGGGAAUGUUUUGAUUGCUGGCUCCUCACAAUCUGGCGAUGCCUUGCACGAAUUAGCCUCAGAAUGCGGCUUGGAAAUAGAUGAAGAAGGCUCUGCAGUAAUUGAUCACAUGAACUACGAUGUUUCUGAUAGCGGCCAGCACACCACUAUAGUAGCUGACCCGGCAAAUCUGAUAGAUGCUCCAGUUAUUGUCGGAAGUAAAAGUAUUUCCCCAUUACUUUAUCAAGGAACUGGCCUAAUUGCAGACACCGAUAAUCCUUUGAUUUUACGCCUAUUAUCGGCAUCAACUUCAGCAUAUACGUAUAAUCCAGACCAACCAGUCAAGGAUUAUCCACACAGUGUUGGCAAGAAUACUCUGUUGAUAGCAGCUCUACAGGCCAGGAAUAAUGCAAGAGUUCUGUUCUCAGGAUCACUGUUCUUCUUCAGUGAUGAAGCAUUCACUAGCCCAGUUCAAAGGGGACAAGGUGGUGAGAAGUAUGAGAAAUCUGGCAACCAAGCAAUGGCUAAAGCCAUGGCGCAAUGGGUGUUCAAGGAGAACGGCGUCAUACGUGUGUCAUCCGUUCACCAUCACAGAGUCGGUGAGUCGCAGCCACCUGCCGCGUAUACCAUCAUGGACGAAGUGGUGUAUUCGAUCAACGUGGAGCGACUGUCGUCAGGCGGCGAGUGGGUGCCGUAUGAAACGAAUGAUCUGCAGUUGGAAUUCGUGCGCAUUGAUCCGUUCGUGCGUAUGACCAUGAAGCCAGUGGGAAAUGGUAGCUAUGAGGGCAGAUUCAAGAUACCUGAUGUUUACGGUGUGUACCAGUUCAAGGUGGACUAUUCGCGCGUUGGACUGACACAUCUCUACAGCACCACGCAGGUGUCUGUGCGUCCGUUACAACACACGCAGUACGAGCGUUUUAUACCGAGUGCAUUCCCAUAUUAUAUUAGCGCCUUCUCCAUGAUGGGCGGUGUCUUUCUGUUCUCGCUCGUGUUUUUACAUUACAAAGAAGACACAAAGCCGAAGUCUGAGUAACUCUUGAAUACGCAGUAUCCUAUGUACACAAUUAUGGAUAUAUUUUCAUUGAACAUUUACAUCAAAACUCCUUUUCAAAGUGUGAUGAACCAUGAAAACGAGGCAGGUAAAAAGAAAGUUGAAAAUGGACUGGAAUUAGUAGUCUGGUAUUUCAAUGUUGCAAUUUGUAGACAACAUGAUGCAUAAGAUUUGCAUAUAUAUAUGUUAAUUAGAUUUUUACGGUACUGCUUAAUAUAUCAAAAAAAAAAAUUCUCGUAUAGCUCGUAUUUCUUCCCAUGUUUCUUUCAAGAAUGGAGUACUUCAUACAUGUACAUAAGUAGGUACUUUUAUAUAUAAUGCAAACAAGUUGUAAUAAUUGGAAAUAAAUAUUAAACAUUA